AUGGCGACGACGAGCUCCAUGUUUAUGUAUAGCUUGACUAUACAGCCGCCUUCAGCCAUUACUCAAGCAGUCUUGGGUCAGUUUGCCGGUACAAAAGAGCAACAGAUCAUCACAGCAUCGGGCUCUAAGCUCACCAUCCACAGACCCGACCCGACGCAGGGAAAAAUCUCCCCUCUGUUCACCCAGGAUUGCUUCGGCAUUAUCAGGUCCCUGGCAGCCUUUCGACUGGCUGGGAGCAGCAAAGAUUAUCUGAUUGUCGGCUCGGACUCAGGCCGCAUCACCAUCCUCGAAUAUCUCCGCGACCAGAAUCGUUUUCAUCGCGUACAUCUCGAGACCUACGGUAAAUCGGGCAUUCGAAGAGUCAUUCCCGGUCAAUAUCUUGCGGUCGACCCGAAAGGACGUGCGUGUCUGAUUGCGUCCGUCGAAAAGAACAAGCUGGUUUACGUCUUGAAUCGAAAUGCCCAAGCCGAGCUGACCAUUUCCUCCCCGCUCGAGGCCCAUAAACCUCAAACAUUGGUCUUUGAAUGCAUAGCCCUUGACGUCGGGUACGAGAACCCCAUAUUCGCAGCACUCGAAGUCGACUACACCGAAGUGGAUCAGGACCCGAGUGGGCAGGCUCUGGAAGAGGUGGAAAAGCUCCUGGUUUAUUACGAGCUUGACCUCGGCCUUAAUCAUGUGGUGCGCAAAUGGAGUGAGCCCGUAGCAAGAAGCGCGACCAAGUUAUUUCAGGUUCCGGGUGGAUCUGACGGACCCAGCGGCGUUCUUGUCUGCGGCGAGGACAACAUCACGUACAGACACUCAAACCAAGAGGCAUUUCGUGUGCCAAUCCCAAGGAGAAGAGGUGUGCUUGAGAAUCCCGAGCGCAAACGACACGUCGUGGCUGGAGUUAUGCACAAGAUGAAGGGCCAGUUUUUCUUGCUUCUGCAAACCGAGGACGGCGAUCUCUUCAAAGUCACCAUAGAUAUGGUGGAGGAUGACAAUGGACAGCCUACCGGUGAGGUCAAGGCACUCAAAGUGAAGUACUUCGACACAGUUCCUGUGGCAAACAGUCUACUUAUCUUGAAGAGUGGGUUCUUGUUUGUGAGCAGCGAGAGCGGCAACCACCAUUUCUACCAGUUUGAAAAGCUUGGGGACGACGAUGACGAGACAGAAUUCACCAGUGACAAUUUCCCUUCAGAUCAAACAGAAGCGUACACACCAGCGUAUUUUCAUGUCCGACCCCUUUCAAAUCUCAACCUUGUACAGAGCAUUGAUGCCGCAAAUCCCUUACUCGACUGCAAAGUUGCGAAUCUCCUCGAUGAAGACGCGCCGCAGAUUUAUUCGAUAUGCGGGUCGGGUGCUCGAAGCAGUUUCAAGACUCUGAAGCAUGGCCUCUCAGUCUCGGAGAUUGUGGAGUCGGAACUUCCGGACAAGCCUGAGGCUGUUUGGACCACCAAGUUGACAAGAGAAGAUGAGUACGACGCUUAUAUCGUGCUGUCUUUCCGCACUGGGACCCUGGUGCUUAGUAUCGGCGAAACAGUGGAAGAAGUCACAGAUACAGGUUUUCUUUCAACGGCUCCAACCCUGGCCGUGCAGCAGCUGGGCGAAGAUGCGUUGAUUCAAAUACAUCCCAAGGGUAUUCGGCAUAUUCGAGCAGAUAAGCGGGUUAAUGAAUGGCCUGCCCCCCAACAUCGUUCCAUUGUCGCUGCUACCACGAACGAGCGACAGGUGGCAGUGGCUCUGAGUUCAGGUGAAAUUGUCUAUUUCGAGAUGGACAGCGAUGGAUCUCUGGCAGAAUACGACGAGCGGAGAGAAAUGACCGGAACGGUGACUUGUCUAUCGCUUGGAGAAGUGCCCGAAGGUCGGGUUCGAAGUUCAUUCCUGGCUGUGGGGUGCGACGACUCGACCGUCAGGAUAUUAAGCCUGGAUCCCGAAUCCACACUGGAAAACAAAUCGGUACAGGCAUUGACCUCGGCACCUUCCGCACUAUCCAUAAUGGCCAUGGCUGACUCCACCUCGGGCGGAAGUACAUUAUAUCUUCAUAUUGGACUCUACUCUGGCGUCUACCUACGGACAGUCCUGGAUGAGAUUACUGGCGAGCUCUCGGAUACGCGGACCCGCUUCUUAGGUCUGAAACCGGUGAAGCUUUUCCGCGUUUCGGUGAAAGGUCAGAAUGCUGUAAUGGCACUGAGUUCACGCUCGUGGCUUGGAUACACUGACACGCAAACGAACGGCUUCAUGCUAACGCCACUUGACUACAUCGGUUUACAGUAUGUCUGGAAUUUCACCAGCGAACAAUGUCCUGAAGGAAUGGUGGGCAUCCAAGGGCAGAAUCUAAGGAUAUUCACGAUCGAAGAUCUCUCUCGGAACCUACUCCAAGAGAAUAUCCCGCUUCCAUAUACGCCCAGGAAAUUCGUCAAACAUCCUGAACAUCCAUUAUUUUACGUCAUCGAGGCAGAUAACAACGUUCUUGCCCCAGCCACGAGGACGAAACUGCUCACAGAAUCUACUGCAGUCAACGGGGAUGCGGUCCAACUCCCUCCUGAAGAGUUUGGGUAUCCUCGCGGGACUGGUCACUGGGCAUCAUGUAUUCAAGUUGUCGACCCUGUUACGACCAAAUCCGUUGUCUUUACAAUCGAGCUGGAGGACAAUGAAUGUGCCACCAGCAUUACCGCGGCCCCAUUCGCAGGUCAAGAUGACGAAACCUUCUUGAUUGUGGGGACAGCGAAGGAUCUGGUGGUCAGUCCCCGUUCAUUCUCUGCGGGGUUCAUACACGUCUAUCGCUUCCACGAAGACGGCAAGGAACUCGAGUUCAUUCACAAAACGAAAGUGGAGCAUCCUCCGACCGCCCUUCUUGCUUUCCAGGGACGGCUCUUAGCAGGCAUCGGAGCAGAUUUGCGAAUCUAUGACCUCGGAAUGAAACAGAUGUUGCGCAAGUGCCAGGUGCAUGCAACGCCGAAUGUCAUUGUUGGUCUACAGACCCAGGGAAGCAGAAUUAUUGUCAGCGACGUUCAAGAGAGUGUGUCAUUCUGCGUAUACAAAUACCAGGAAAACAAGCUCAUUCCCUUUGCCGACGAUGUCAUCGCUCGCUGGACGACUUGUUGCACAAUGGUUGAUUACGAAACCGUGGCAGGUGGUGACAAGUUCGGCAAUCUCUGGUUGCUGCGUUGUCCGACCAAGGCUUCUGAAGAGGCAGAUGAGGAUGGCUCGGGUGCGCAUCUGAUCCACGAACGAGCAUACCUCAACGGCGCCCCCAAUCGACUGAGUCUUAUGAUGCACUACUUCCCUGGCGACAUUCCCACCAGCAUUCAAAAGACGAGUCUUGUGGCCGGCGGCCGAGACAUCGUGUUUUGGACCGGGUUUCAGGGCACGCUUGGAAUGCUCGUUCCAUUCGUGAGUCGUGAAGACGUCGACUUCUUCCAGUCCUUGGAGAUGCAACUGGCGUCGAGCAAUGGCAACCCCCCGAUUUUGGGCAGAGAUCAUCUGAUCUACCGAUCAUACUAUGCGCCUUCGAAAGGCACCAUUGAUGGCGACCUGUGUGAGACCUUUUUCUUACUGCCGAACGACAAGAAACAAGUGAUUGCAGGAGAGUUGGAUCGAAGUGUUAGGGAAAUUGAGAGAAAGAUUUCAGAUAUGAGGACACGAGUGGCUUAUUGA